AUGGAAACUAAAAUUCUGGUUCUCUCACUCCUCUUUGGAUGUUUAGCUGCUACAAAAAUCAAAUCAAACUAGUUAAUUCUUGCCUAAGGCGAUGAAUAUGGAAUUUUCCCUAAUAAUCUCGAUAUUGGUGAUUCAUAGGUGGCCUUCUAUCAGCAUGGUAAGUUUGGAGGGGCUCAAAUGAUUCUUGACGCUUCAUCUCCAAGAACUUAUGCACUCUCAGGCAAUUAGAGAAUAGGCGGAAGCAGUGAGACUCUCAAUUGGUGGGAUAAUGCCAUCUCAUCCAUUAAAGUUGGUAAAAAGGCAAUGGUCAAGCUCUGUAGAUAUUAAAACUGCGAAGAUGAAAAGAAGAAACCAGAAAAUGCCGUUAUACUAGUAGGUCCCUACUCCACAAAAUUUAUGGGAUGGUCUUCAGAUUAUACUAGUACUAUAGUGCUUUCUCCUUAUGAUGAAGCCAAUAAUCCAGUAGUUUCAGUAUUUGGAGGUGAUGAAUUUAAUUGCGAUACUGCAACAGUACUCAAACCAGGAAAUUACAAUUCCAGAGAUUUGAAAUUAAACAACAUUGAUCCUGGAGAAAUCAGAGGAUUCAGAGUUCCCCUAGGCCUAGUUCUCCAGAUUUUUGAUCAAGAUUAUCAAGCUGGCCAAGAUGGAUUCAUUCAAGGAUCUUCUACUCCCUCUAGUUAAGUUGACUUAUAUGCACAAAAGAAUAACAAUUAACCAGAUAAAAGCUAGACUAAUCUAGGAAAGUUUUAUAGAAAAGUUUAGAGCAUCAAAAUAGGCAGAGCUAAUGAAAUUUAUCCCAUCACUGCCAGAUGGGUAACUCUUGAUUCAUCAUGGGGUAAUCCAUUGAAUGUUUCAGUAAUGCAAGGACUUAAACUUGAUACAACAAAAGUUUCUUCAACUACCUUUUCAGCCUCUCUCUCGCUUGGUUAUAAAUACACCAAUGGUAAUCCUGUUACAGGCCAACAAGAAUUUUCAGUUUCUGCUACAGUUGGCUUUGAACUCUAAAAUAGUAUUUCAAGUUCAAUCAAGAAGGCAACCCAAGUGACAGCAGAGAAGAUUUGUGCUGCUAAGGGUGAUUAGAAAGUCACAAUGUGGCAAUUCCAACUUUCAGCUGAAGGUGCUCUCUAUGGUGCUGAAAACUUCAUAUGUAAAUACGGGGAUAAUGCAGAUUUAGCUCCAUCAUGCAUUUCAUAUAUGAAAUGUGCAGAUGCAGAAUGCACUAGAUGCCUUUGA